UAUAGCACGUAAAAGCGUUCGUUGUGUGAUCUUCCAGAUUCAUAAUACAUUAAAAAAAAAAGAAAGAAAAAAAAAGUUUUAACUUCGUGAUAUAUACCACUCCUUAUUUUUCAGUGAAGUAGUGAACAGAAUUUGCAUUAACACCCGAAAAGUGUAUUUUUUAAGCAGUAAUUUAUAAGCAAAACAUUUUAUAACAUCGAUUUAAACGUAUUAAAGAAAAAGCAACAACAUCAACAACAACAAAAACAAUAACAAAACAGAAACGUUAGGAUAAGGUUUUGCUGGACAUGCGUUGGCAUGAAAACAAUACUGAGUUAAGAAAUUAUGAUUUAUUAAACGUAGCUACUGCUUGUGUGGAGUAAACAAUAAAUUUCGGUCCUGUUGAUGACUGAUGUAAAGGCGACUAAACUCAGUUUGAAGCCACGAAACUGAAAUGAAAUCAUCUCUAUUUAUCAGCCGAGCGUCAAAGUAACCCUGUGAGUGUGUUCAUUCAGCCCGGAGGAUUUUAGCGUGUUGAAGAAGUAAAAUAAAUCAACUUUGGUAUUUUAUAGUGUAAACGAUUAUGAAUGUGGCCUAAAUUUAAUAAAACGCACGAAGCAGGACGCACUCCAUCCCUGGGUGGGGGUGCUCCCACAGUAGUUUUUGUCCGCUUUUUUUUUUUUUUUAAACUUCCUGUUGCUCCGCCUCUCGUGUUUGUCGUAAGCCUCGCGCGCAGUUACGAACCAAGCAGUAAGAUAAAGACGGCUUUUCCCCUGUGCGCGUCGAUGCGCUUGGAGCAUUAAUACCGUGCAGUCGAGUGACCACACAACACCAUCACAGUCAUCGCUGCGGGGGAUUUUCUUUUAUAUUCUUUUAUAUUGUUGUGUCGGGCUGUCGGAGCGCGAGCACAUCCUCGUCUCUGUGCGCGCGGGGGCUGAAUCAUGUCCCUGAGCCCGAAACACUCCACGCCUUUCUCCGUGAGCGACAUCCUGAGCCCGCUGGAGGAGAGCUGCUUUAAGAAGUUUGCGUGCAUGGAGGGCGCUUACCGGCAGCCUCCUCCUCCUGUGCAGAGCGCGCAGCAUCAGCAUCAGCAUCAGCACCACCAUCAGCACCAGCACCACCAACAGCAGCAGCAGCAGCAACAGCAGCACGGAGUGAGCCACGGAGCUUAUCACGUGCCGCACGGCAUGUCACAGUUCUCACACGCGGCCGUGGCGGGAUACUGUAACGGGAGCCUCGGCGGCGUGGCGGAGCUGCCCACUUACCAAGAGAGCGUGAGGAGCGGCGCUGCCACUGCGGCUUGGUACGGAGCAAACCCGGAACCGCGUUACGCAGCACUUCCUAGGUUCAUGGGUUCCUCCACUACUAUGAACAUGAAUAUGGGCGCGCUCGCGGGAAUGGACGCCAAGUCCAUGGUGACUCUGCACGCGGCUCCGCGCAGGAAGCGUCGCGUGCUGUUCUCCCAGGCGCAGGUGUAUGAGCUCGAGCGUAGGUUCAAGCAGCAGCGCUACCUGUCUGCUCCGGAGCGCGAGCACCUAGCCAGUCUGAUCCACCUGACGCCGAACCAGGUGAAGAUCUGGUUUCAGAACCACCGCUACAAAAUGAAACGGCAGGCCAAAGACAAAGCAACGCGCGAGCCUCAGCUACAGCAGGACGCCGGGGACGCGUGCCAACAGCAGCAGCAUUCACCGAGGCGCGUGACCGUACCUGUGCUCGUCAAAGACGGCAAACCCUGUCAGAACGGAUCCGACACACAGACUUCCGGACAAAACGUUGCCAUGCCUGCGGUUCCGCUACAACAGCGAAGCCAAACAGUGGAGUCUUUAGCGUCCGCAGCGGAUGAGCUUGAGGACAUGGCACCGAGUCCGCCCGCGCUGCACAGCGCUCACCUCAGCGGCCUGUCUCACCUGGACUCCGCCCUCCUGGAGUACAACAUGGCGGGCUCGAACCUUCUGUACGGCAGAACUUGGUAG